AUGCGAGCCAGCCCCAUCCGAAUUCCAACUGUCAGCAAUGACAGCGACUGGGACUCCUGCUUCCAUCUGUCACAGCCAACCAAGAUCCCAGCACAUGAGGAAAUAAAUGACUUGUGUCCCACUGGGGAGUCCAGAAAGAGUGAAGAAGACACUACAGCCAAGGAGGAGGAGAAGGUCAUAGACUGCAUGUCUCUUCCUAAAGACAAAUUAGCCCAAUGCCAGAAGAAAACAGCUGUGCUGAUUAAGAAAAAAAUGAACACCCGAGCAAACCAGGAGCUGAUUCGCUGUGUCAUCCUUUCCCGGAUUAUUUUUGGGGAAGAACAUUGGAAAUGUGCACAGGCUUUGGCCAACCUGGCUUAUGGUUACUUGACUUUGAGAGGCCUCCCCGCUCAGGCCAAGAAACAUGCUGAGUCAGCCAGGACCACACUGCUGACCUGGAAGGUAAAAACGACCUCAAAUAAGGAGAAGAAAGAAAUCAUGGAAACACUGAUCAUCCUCUACUACACUCUGGGAGUGGCCUGGCUCCUGCAGAACCAUGGCAGGGAGGCCUAUUUCAACCUGCAGAAGGCAGAAAGAAGCAUGAAGGAGCUGAAAGAAUUGCAUACGGGGAGCAUUUGUGGAUUGCAAGUCUCAGAGAAAGACGUAACAAUUGCUUUGGGCAGAGCCUCCUUGGCCAUCCACAGGUUGAACCUAGCCCUGACAUACUUUGAAAGGGCAAUUGGCAAUGUCAUUGCUGCCAAGGGCGAAAAGACGUCCGAUCUGAUCAGUCUCUAUGAGGAAAUUGCUCAGAUUGAGCAGCUGAGGAAGAAUCACCGGCAGGCCAUCCAGUACUUGGAACAGAUGCUGUUGAACUAUAUUUUAUAAAAAGUAUCACUGCAUACCAAGCGACAUUGGGCUCAGAGGAUUGUGAAACAGUAACAACCAUUGAGGAAUUUUGCAAAUGGCUUGUCCAAAUUGGAGAAAAGCAGG